GUCAGCAACCAGCCUUGGAGGACACAUGAGGGGAACUGUGGUGUCUUAGCUCUGCCAGUCCAGUUAGCUCCACAUUUUACCGUAUAACUGGCCACCAGUUCACUUGGAGAUAGUGUAACAGUUUCCAGGUGUUCAGAGUCACCAUUAAAAUGGUCAGCAGCCGUGACAGCCAGCAGCUAGGAGGCUUUGCUGCUGCCAUCCUAGCAUGGAUCCUUUGUAGCGUCUCUAUGGCCCUACCUCAUUGGAGAAUGUGGUAUUUUAAAGAGCCCAUGGAUUCCAAGCCCAGCAUGACUUUAGUGGGGAUGUGGAUGACCUGCGUUUACCAACAGGAAAAUAUUUCCAGCAUUUUCAGAGUGUGUUACCCAUAUACCUACCAGGAUACCUUCAUUCCUUUGGAUAUUCGUAUUGCUCAACACCUGUUACUUGUCUCCAGCUUUCUCGGCAUGGUUGCGACAAUCUCCAUCUUUGCUUCUCUUUGGAGAAUUUACUUAGGGAGACUCCGGAAGAAAGCCCCCUACAACCCAUUCUUCUUUUCAGGGGUUCUGAACAUCAUUGCUAGCAGCUUUGUCUUCCUUUCCGCCUUGUACAACUAUUUAGCCAUCAUUCACAAGGACAGGAUUGCCUUCCCCCCGUAUUUCCUCAUGCCGUCCUUCCCAGAUACCCAGAGAGUUGGCACUGCGCUGACAAUGGCAACUCUUUCUUCCUUCUUAUUUCUAGUGGGUGGCACAAUUUCCCUUUCUUUCACUCUUCCCCAGCGUUCUCAUAUAUAUUCUAAUAUUUAAAUGUAAAUUUCCAACUUACAUAGACUUGAAAAUCCAAAAUUACAAGAAGUAAUCACAAGCAUUCUUCAGAUAUCUACCUAAAAUUUCCAGAUUCAGAACAUGCCAAAGGUGGACAAGCGGCCUCCAUUUAUAUUUCCUGUUUUGGUUGAUUGAGAAUUUCAUUGAUUGGCUUUUGGAUUUUCAUCAAAUAAAAUCUUGCUCACUUAUGA